CCGGCGACCAACGACGCUUGGUGGAGUAACGCUUCCUAAAAAAAAACUAAAAUUUUCGAUGUCAGUCGCAAGGAUCGUUGUGUCAGUGUUAGUGUUUUAAAAUAGUUAAAUGGCUAUACGGCAAGCGAUGGUCGUAUGAGGAAGAAAGGGACCAGAAACAUCAUGUCGGUGGGCCUGCAAAGGCGAGUGCCGGCGUUGGACGAAGCAGCCGGGGGGGUGCCGCCGGUGUGGAAGGGGGGCAACAGUGAGCCCCCGUUCCCUUCGUUUGCGCCGCCGGCAGGCUCGCCCGCAGGCCCUGCGUUCGCCGCGUCCCCCGCACCUUCAACUCCUGGCCCCGGCCCUGGAUUUGCGGGACCCCCCUAUGCGGCACCCGGGCCGUUCGGUAGCCCUUCUGCGCGGCCAGGCUCUGGCGGCGGGUUUCCGCCAGGGCCGCCGCCGCCGCAGCAGGGCCACUUUCCAGGGCCGGGGUUUGCGCCCCCCGGCAGUCCGUUCCACCCGCACCCCCCACAUCCGCCUAUGCCACCUCAUCCACAUAUGAUGGCGCCUUUACCGCCACCUGUUGACAGGUGA